CGAACGCGUGCGGUAUUAAACUGUUGGCCUAGGCAUGAACAAAAAACGCCAAAAUAUAAAUAAAUAAAAUAUAUGCAUAACAGCAAUCUGUGUGUUUAAUCAAAGUAUAGGCAACAAGAAUUUAGACAUAAGCAGCAGCAAAUGCCAUAAAGUCGACGCAUAAGAAAAGGAAGGGCGUGGCAGCAGGUAAAGCUUACCUGGCGAACCAUUAAAGUUAUCUUAGUGUUUGUACACGCGCCUUGGAUAAUGUUCAAUUCCCCAGUUGCGCCUCAUAGCGCCUGAUAAUUGAAUUUUUGCUUUGGAAUUCUUUUCUUCCUGUUAUUUGACAAUGUGCUGCUGUUACACUUGUCGUAUACGUGUUGUGUUAAAGCUAAGCAAAGGCAAUUAAAAAUCAAUAGACGAAAAAACAAGUGAUAAAAGCUAGUGCAAACAUGGACUUCAACAGCAGCAUCAGCAGCAGCAACAUCAGCUGGCUAAGCAGCAAUGAGAGCACAGUCUCGCCAGCGACUGUAGAUUGGGAUGGGAUUAGACAUACAGUGCGCUGGCUGGUGCCCAUAUUCUUUGGCAUUAUCGCUGUGACCGGCUUUUUUGGCAACCUGUUGGUUAUACUGGUGGUCAUGCUGAACAAAACGAUGCACUCGACUACGAAUUUAUUGAUUGUUAAUCUGGCUGCUGCGGAUUUGAUGUUCGUUAUCUUUUGUGUGCCAUUUACUGCCACGGAUUAUGUCACGCAAUAUUGGCCCUUUGGCACUCUGUGGUGUCGCAGCGUGCAGUAUUUGAUUGUGGUUACUGCCUAUGCCUCCAUUUAUACACUCGUGCUAAUGUCCAUCGACCGUUUUUUGGCUGUGGUGCAUCCCAUACGAUCACGCAUGCUGCGCACUGAGCAUAUUACAAAGAUUGCCAUCUUUAUGCUGUGGACGGUGGUGCUAACGGUGUCCCUACCGGUUGCCUACUCGCACGAUGUGGUGGUUGAACAUAACAAUGUCACAAAUGAAACAGUGGCGCUUUGUCAAUUUACCAGCAACGAUCUGCUUGACUUGGACACCUUUCAAAUGAGCUUCUUCGUUAGCUCCUAUCUGCUGCCUUUGAUGAUUAUCAGCGGACUAUAUAUGCGCAUGAUAAUGCGCCUCUGGCAUCAAGGAAGCGGCGUACGCAUGUCCAAGGAAUCUCAGCGCGGACGAAAGCGCGUCACGCGGCUUGUUGUUGUGGUAGUCAUAGCCUUUGCCUCGCUCUGGCUGCCCGUGCAGUUGAUAUUACUGCUCAAGGCGCUGGACAUGUAUGAAAUGAACACAAUGACAAAGGUUGUACUGCAAAUAAUGGCACAAACGCUGGCCUACACAAGCAGCUGCAUCAAUCCGUUGCUCUAUGCCUUUCUCUCUGACAAUUUUCGCAAGGCCUUCUACAAGGCCAUAAACUGCUCAAGUCGUUACCAGAAUUAUACAUCUGAUUUGCCGCCGCCGCGUAAGACUUCUUAUGGCCGCACCUCAACUACAGGAUUUUAAGUUGCAGUCACGUUGCAACGUGUCGAUAAGCUGUGCCAUUACUUAAGCAGCACCAAAGGACCAAAGCUAUCACUAUUAUAAGCAACGUUUUCUAUUUAUAAGCCUCUGAAUUUGUUACGUGUAAAAUUAUUUUAAGAUACUCAAUACAAAAAUACAAGGAAUCAUUCAAGAAUUGCAGCA